CUGUUCGCGGCCUCGGAGUGACGUCGCAGACGGAUAGGGGAGUCACGAAGCAGAGGGCAUUCCUGAGCAUAGGGCCACGCCCUUCACGCGCAGCCUUUUUAUAACUGGCGCGUCCUGGAGGAAAAGAGACGGCAUCGUCAUUCUACCUCAGAACACAGAACUGCAGCCACCGAAUACUUCUGAGGACUAUUGAAAUUAUACGAUCAACUCAAGCUAACCUAAGAUGGAAAUGUAUCAAUCCGGUUAUUAUAUUGAGGACUUCAGAACACAGGAAGUCCCGGCAGGAUUUGACUUUGGCUCAUAUGACUUCACUGGUGAAGACUUAUCAUCCCUAUCAGAUAGCAGUGGAUCAGGGCAGCAGAGGUACACAGAGACUUAUGGAGACCACCACAAAGAUACUCAACUCUAUGGCUCCAAAGCCAGCUCCAGUGACUCUGGGCUGUUUAACCUGGAUGCGUAUCACGAAUUCAACGGCUGGACAGUCUAUGCUAACGGUGCCUCUGGCGUCGACGAGUCACAAAUGGGGUUCCAGGACUCGGCUCAGACCUACCAGGACCUCCUUCCUUCCUGUCCCCAAGCCCAGAGCAGGCAGUUCAGCCCCGCGUCAGGGGAGAGCCACGGCCUCAGCCCCCAGGGCGUGGCCUCCAGCACGGGUGAUGCUGAUCGUACCUACGUACACCAAAACGGGAAGCUUUUUGAGAACGGAGGCCAGAAUUUGACGUUGCCCUUCUGGUCGGACUACCCCUCUCCCAGCUACGGCCCGCCCAUGCAGAACCACCCGACCUCCUGCUCCUCCUCCCCGACCACUCAGCCCUCUGCCCAAUACUGCCCCCGUGUGGCCAAACGCAGGAGCACACAUCCUCCGAAAUCAGAGAUGGAUGGCGAAAGCUCAGGAAUGUCGGCCUACACAGGCUCUGGACCCAUCCAGCUGUGGCAGUUUCUGCUGGAGCUGCUGCUGGACUCGGCGUGCCGCUCCUUCAUCACCUGGACCGGAGACGGCUGGGAGUUCAAGAUGUCCGACCCGACUGAGGUGGCGAAGCGGUGGGGGCAGUGCAAGAACAAGCCCAAGAUGAACUACGAGAAGCUGAGCCGCGGCCUGCGCUACUACUACCACAAGAACAUCAUCCACAAGACGGCGGGGAAGCGCUACGUCUACCGCUUCGUCUGCGACGUGCAGAGCAUGCUGGGUAAAACGGCGGGGGAGGUGUUGGCCAGCCUCAGCAUUUCGCCCGUGGGCACCGAGGCCCCUCUCCAGUACCUGCAGCCCGCCUCCACCCCGACAACUGCGCCCAAAGACAAAGCUGACGGGUGGCUGUCACAGUGAAGGAAAACUCGGCAGAUCACGGAUCUUCCAUUGACGCGGUUGCUCCGAGCCUCGCGAAAAACCUGCCGACCCGCAAUUGUAACCUGUCGCGCGUUUCUGAGUCUUUCUGAUCAGAGGGGUGACUGUAUGAAACCAGACUUUUGCCACUGUUGGUUGGUCGAUGGCACUGUGGACACAAAAUAUUUGCAUUGGCAUGUCUGGACUCCCAUUUCAGGUCAAUUCGCCGGUGAAACCUUUAAAACCUUUCUGUACAAGUGUGAUUGAUAAGGACAUGACAAUUUCUACCCAAAUGGUGUUGCUCUACUGGUACUAAGAAGUAUAAAGUCAGUUUUAGAUUUAAUUCAAGUCAGUCCAAAUUUUAAACCAACAUUUAAUCUAAAUAGCCUAUACCAGGUUAAUUUGGCUGUAUUAUUGUUCAUAUUGUAUGAUACCAGCAUGUCAGUGGAAUCACCUGUUUUAUACUGCCACAGAUGGAGGGUACCUAUCUUUUUAUGUCUUUUCUGUCACUUGCCUUAAAACCUUUAAAAAAACAACUGGAUGGUAUUUUUCUUGUGCUAAGACGAGAUGGUCCUGUUUACUCUUGAUUUGUAUGUCCUUGAUGUAUAUUGAAAUAUCCGUGGAGAAACGUAAAUGUCAGCUUUCAUGAUUUUUGUAAUCUACCUCUUUUCUGUGUCGACCACAUUGUUUUGAAAAGUCUGAUGCAUCAGUAGCUAGCCAAUGUGUAGCACUUUUUUGUUACAUUUUCUACGUAUCCAAUUAGGAGUGACCUUACUCCAUGCAUAGUCAAAACAUGUAAAUAAAUUGUAUAUAAAUGAAAA